AUGGAGCUUUCUGAUUUGCCAAUUGAACAGUAUCCCUUACGAAGUUCCUCAUUCAUAGGCAGUAUCCAUGAGGCAGCAGAAUUGGCGCUUGCUCCAGGCUGUUUAAACUGUGGGUGUGUAGCUACCAAAGCUGUUUUGCCAUUGUUGAAUAAGCACAAUGAUCAUAUCACCACUCUUUGCAACAAGUACCAUAAAAUGAAAACAGAAACUACUACAAUGGCAAAUGUAUCAGGGGAAAGUUUAAAUAUGACUGAAGUAGUAGAUCCUUUGGAACUCAGUAAGGCUAAACAGGAGUUGGAAGAGUUCGUUGAUAAUGAGGGAAGAGGCAUUUCUUUCCCAAACAUAGGAAUGAUCACCGCGUGUUCCUGUCCACAAUCUACUGGUGGUGGAGGAAUGGCUUUCUGUUUUGGGUUGGUGUUCAAAACUCGCGACGGGGAGAUCCAAAAGCACUAUAUUACUCCACAGGUUAUUCAACCAUUAAUUGUGGGUAAGGAUAUUGUGUGUUUUUUCUCAUUUUUGGAUCAAAGCAAUUAUACAAAGGAAAGGAUUUUCAAGGCAUUGGGCAUUAAAGAUGGUGCUUUAAACCCAAGUGGUCAUCGAAACAAUUUGUUUGAGGCAAAGUAUUCGGUGUACGAGACUUUGGUUGACGAUGGCAACAUAGAAAUCAGAACCCCCUUGUCCAGGAUCACGAAAUUGAAAUUCGCUGAUGAUGACCCGGUAUGA